GAUGAUAAGGUGUAUUUGUUCAGUAGUGUUGAGAACUUGUCAGCGCUUCAAGUGACCGUAAUAUCUGGAUAGAAAGGUGGAAUUAAAUUAUGGGAUUUUUCGCAUUUAUCGGAGUCGUAGUAGUCCUUUACUAUCUUGUUAAUGUGAUCCUCUGGUGCCUCCUUGACUCUGACAUUGAACUCUUUGUUCGUAGCCUUGUGGGCAGAAGAAUAUCCUCUCUGUCUGGAAAUGUUGUAUGGAUUACGGGAGCCUCAUCAGGAAUUGGAAAACAUUUGGCCAUCGAAUUGGCCAAGAAUGGUGUGAAAUUGGUGCUUUCUGCUCGCCGCGGAGCUGAGCUUGAAAGUGUCAAACGAGAAUGCCUCACACUAUCCAAUGGAAAACUGCAACCUAUUGAUAUUCUUGUCAUGCAAAUGGAUAUGCUAGAAAUUUCACGGCAUCAACAGUUCUUUGAUCACGUUCUCCAACACUUUGGACGCUUGGACAUACUCGUGAACAACGCUGGCCGGUCACAACGAGCCAACUGGGAGGAUAUUACAAUCAAAGUGGAUCAGGAUCUCUUCCAAUUAGAUGUCUUUAGCGUAGUUAAUCUCUCAAGGAUUGCUGUGAGGUAUUUCAAAGGAGCCAACUUGAAGGGACAUAUUGCAGUCACUUCUAGUACUGCUGGGCUGAUUCCUGUGCCUAAUUCUGCAAGCUACACUGGUGCAAAGCAUGCAGUUCACGGUUAUUUUGGCGCUUUACAGACUGAACAUCCUGAUUUAGAUGUUACGAUCUUUUGUCCAGGGCCCACGUUUUCUGAAUUCCUCCAAGAAGCCUUCACCGAUCGUGAUGGCAUGAAAUAUGGGCAAUCUGUGCGUCCCACGGACAAGAGAAUGACCGCAGAGCGAUGUGGCCGUCUCUUCGCCAUAGCUCUUGCCAACAAACUGCACAUCAACUGGGUCGGUCGUUUUCCUAUUUCCCUUCUAAUUUAUAUAUGCUUAUAUUUUCCUAACAUUCGAGUUCUCGUUGUGAAAUACAUCAGCCUCAGUGGCCUGAAAAAGUUAAGAGAUAGCAAUUAGCCAUAAAAAUUUUGGUCAACUACAACUGCAUAUAUUCUUUAUUAUGG